UAACAGUUACCAAAUGGAAAGUGAACUCAAAAGACAGAUCUAUUUCUCAGGAGUAGGUGGAGACCAACAGAGCUGAAAUGAGAGUAGAUACAGGACUUAAAUUUGUCUGCUGGCCUGAAAGACGACUUCAGAUGAAUGCCACUUGCUGGAGUCUAUUUCAAGGUCAUCCUCAUGUGCUGGGGAACUUACAGGAGGAACCCGGGACACCACUGUGGGAGCCACUGCUCCAUGGCCCUUUGGAACAAGCAGGUCUAGCGCCCCCAAGCUGACAGUCAUAACCCUUCAUCCAAUCCGCGGGGACAGGACCGCUGCUCUGUCAGUUUAUUUCCCGGCUCCUGAGCGCCCGGCGAUGCGGUGCUGAGCAGUGGUGAGCAUCGUGAAGGACGCACGGACGGACGCAUUUGCCCGCUACGGAAGGAAAACCAGGCAGUCCUGCUAAUGUUCCAUCAGCUGAGCUUCUAGCUGUAACCCCUGCAGGUGGUCCUCACUUCAACAUCAUGCUGCACCUCACCCUGCUCCUCCAUGUCCUGGUCCUCUCUCUCUCCCCUGCAGAUGCAUCAAUGCAUGGCGAAGUACCUGACUUUUAUGAAGACGAAGCCACAGGUUACGGGCCGGUGUUUGAGGAGCAGCCGGUGGAUAUCAUCUACCCCGAGGAGUCACCCGAGGCAAAAAUUACCAUGAGCUGCCGGGCUCGGGCCAAUCCACCUGCCACAUACAAGUGGAUUAUGGAGGACAUGGAAAUUGACUUGAAUGCACAAGGAAGCCACUACAGUUUAGUAGGAGGCAACUUGGUCAUCAGCAACCCCAUUAAAACCAAACAUGUAGGACAGUACUUCUGUUUGGCUACCAACAAGUACGGCACGGUCAUCAGCCGAGAGGCCUCAGUCCAGUUUGGAUAUCUCGAUCUUUUCUCAUCUGAGGAGAGGGAGUCGGUGCACGUCAAAGAGGGACAGGGGGCAGUGCUGCUCUGCGCUUCUCCACCUCACUAUCCAGCCGAGCUGUCAUUCCGAUGGAUCCUCAAUGAAUUCCCUACCUUCAUCCCACUGGACAAGAGGCGUUUUGUCUCCCAGAUAACGGGUAACCUCUACAUCUCCAAGGUGGACUCCUCCGACAGCGGCAACUACUCUUGCAUUGCGUCCAGCCAAUCCAUUUCCAAGAGCGUUUUCUCCAACUACAUCCCCCUCGUACCUAUUGCUGAACGUCCCAUCCGGAAAUACCCUGCUGACCUCAAAGUCAAGUUCCCAGACACCACUGCUCUGGUGGGGCAGAAUAUCACCUUGGAAUGCUUCGCUUUGGGAAACCCCGUCCCUGAGAUCCGCUGGAAGAAGUUAGACGGACAGCUGCCACCCAAUCACGAGGUGCGGAUGGCGGGGGCUCAUCUGCACCUGUACAAUGUGCAGUUUGAAGACGGAGGCAGCUAUCAAUGUGAGGCAGUGAACUCGAAAGGAAAGGACUACCAUGCUGCACGUGUGUCUGUAGAAGCUUUCCCUGAGUGGGUAGAGCACAUCAGCAGCACAGAGAAAGACCUCAGUAGUGAUUACACUAUGUCCUGCAUAGCCAGUGGCAAACCAGAACCACGCAUCCGCUGGCUGAAAAAUGGAGAACCGUCUGAUAGGAAAGAGAUGAGGUUCAGCAGCUUGACGUUUGACGAUUCAGGGAUGUACCAGUGCAUUGCAGAGAAUCACCACGGAGUCAUAUAUGCCAAUGCAGAACUGCGUGUUUAUGCCUGUGCUCCCACAUUUGAACACAACCCAGUGAAGAGAGUCCUGGCACCUAAAAACGGCCGGGUGGUGAUCCAAUGUCGACCCAAAGCGGCUCCAAAGCCCACCUUCUCUUGGAGCAAAGACACCGAGCUACUUUACAACUCCACCAGGGUGUUUAUCUGGGAGGAUGGGAGCCUGGAGAUCCUCAACGUGACCAGCGCUGAUGAAGGCAGGUACACCUGCUUCGCCGAGAAUGACCGGGGCAAGGCCAACAGCACGGGCUCUCUGUUGGUUACAGAGUCCACAAAGAUCACCAUGGCACCGUCCAAUGCUGACGUUAAAGUGGGUGAGAACACCAGGAUGCAGUGUGCUGCGUCCCAUGACCCCUCACUGGACAUCACCUUCAUUUGGUCCCUGGAUGGCCGGGUCAUUGACCUGCACAAGGACAGUCAACAUUAUGAACGCAUUCUGAAUGGAAGUUCAAACGGCGAGCUACUGAUUAAGAGCCUCCAGUUGAAGCAUGCCGGACGCUACACCUGCACUGCACAGACCCCCAUUGACAAUGUCACCGCCUCUGCCCACCUUGUUGUCAGGGGUCCCCCCGGUGCCCCAGGUGGGGUGCGAGUGAUGAACAAAACUGACAAGAAUGUAACAUUGCAGUGGAGCCGUGGAGCAGACAACCACAACCCCAUCUCCAAAUAUACCAUCCAGUACAGGGACUCCUUCUCAAAAGAAGUCUGGAAGAAUGCCACUACAUCUCCUACAGAUGUAGAGGGGAAUACAGAGAUGGCCACAGUGGUGGAUUUGUUCCCCUGGAUAGAAUAUGAGUUCAGAGUGAUUGCCACUAGCGCUCUGGGGACAGGAGAGCCGAGCAGCCCGUCACCUAAAGACAAAACCCUGGAAGCAAUUCCUGUGGUGGCGCCCUCAGACGUCGGCGGCGGUGGAGGGAGUAGCAGAGAACUGACCAUCACGUGGACGCCUGUACAGCCACAGUACUACUAUGGGCCUAAUUUUGGCUACAUUGUGGCCUUCAAACCACAAGAUGGACACGAGUGGAGUAAGGUGACGGUUGCUGACCCGCAAGCCAAGCGCUAUGUCCACAAAGACCCCUCCAUCCCUCCAUCGACAGAGUUUCAAGUCAAAGUCAAAGCCUUCAACAGCAAAGGAGAGGGACCCUUCAGCCUAACAGCUAUCAUUUAUUCUGCACAGGACGCUCCAUCUGAAGCUCCUGUAAGUGUUGACGGCAGAGCUCUCUCUGCCACAGAAGCCAUAGUGUGGUGGCUGCCUCUCUCACAGAGCAAUAUCGAUGGAUACCAGGUGAAGUACUGGAGGAAUCAGGAAGACAGUGAGGGGCGGGCCCAGAGGGUGGUGGUACCUGGCAGUGAGAACCACACCAGGCUGGAGGGUAUGAAGCCUGACUCCCACUACCUUAUUGAGGUUCGGGGCUACAACUCUGCAGGAUAUGGGCCGGCCAGCGAGCACCUCCAGAUCCACACCAAGAAAGCCCCUCCAAGUCGACCUCCCAGAAUAGCUGGUAAAAAAUUAAAGGGCCGGAAAGUAAAUAUUGUCUGGGAACAUGUGGAACCACUUGCUAACGAGGCACCGGUGGAUGGUUACAAAGUGCUGUGCAGGCAGCAGGGCCACUCCACAGGCACUCUGUACACAACCAGUAAGCAGAGCAUAGACCUUCUCCUGCCCACAGACGGGAACUACGUGGUGGAGGUCCGGGCGCACACAGAGGGGGGAGAUGGGGCCGUGGCACAAGUCAACAUCACAGGUGGAAGUGUCAUAUCCGCCCCGUCUCUCAGCGUACUCUCCCUGCUCCUGGUGGCUCUCCUCUGCCUGAACCUCUGAAUGUAGCGCCAUCUUUGUCUUCACUUUCCGUGAAGUAGACUCUUUAUGGUUGACGCCUAUGAGGACUUUGGGACUCUUUCCACAAUCUUUUGGUUCUACCCCGUAACCCGGGACGUCUUAUUCCAACUCUUCCCCUCUGGAAUAUGUUUGUGGAAAUAGACACAGAAAAGGAAAAAUUGGAAAUGGACAAAGACAUCCCUUAUUUAUCCACAAAAAGCCUCUUUGGAGGAGUGUCAAAGGAGUUCUGUCAACUUUUUAAAUAUGCCUUAUAUAAACGACUGCACUUAUCUUUCACAAUAACUUGUUUGAAAAUGGAUCAUGACUGAAAGUGUGAACAUUACACUUAAGGUUGGCUGUUAAGUCUAUUUACAAUAUGAAGCCGACCUUUCUUAUGUAGAUAAAGAAGCUGUUUGUUCAGAUACGUGGGCUUCAUUUGAUCUAUGAUAUUUUAGAAAAUCUACCCUAGACUGCAUUCCAUAGUAUAAGGUAAACAAGUAGCUGUGAAGGAUAAGUGUAUGGGUUUAUAAAAAUGUCUUUGUCUUUCUUUACUUGCAGUUCAGUGUCAUUUUCUUCUAUUUUCUUUUUAAAAUGAAGCAGACCCUUUGUUACAGAGAUACAGUCAAAGCAAAUCUCAUCCUUUCAUACUGGAUUUUUUAUUAAUAAACAUCUUAGAGGAAAGAGCAAUUUAUGUCAUGCUGAAAUAAUAUAUCCAAUAAUUAAUAUUGUUUUGCUACCUAAUAUACUAUGGAUGUUAUUUGAUGAAAAAAUGGAUUGGGUUGACCUGCAAUCAGUGCUUAUUUACAAAUCAUAACAUGAGUUCUAUUGAUAGAAUACCACUUUCAAAUUGUGUGCAUGUUGACAUUGUUACAUGGAAAAAAGUUUGAAAUGGUUCAAAAGUGUUUAGGCACAUGGGUCCAUAUUUGCAAAGCUGAAUGUAAAGCAAAAACAUAGGAACAAGGAAGUGAACUAUAAACAACAUAUCAGAGAUGCAGUUUAAAAUGCAAAACUGCAGCAAACCUCUGGUUAUAUUUGUACAACUGUGCAGUGAUCAAGGCUUUGCCACAACAUCUGAGUCAUUAUUGAACUAAUCCUGAAAAACAAAAGAAAAACCUGUUGUUUUCACUGUAUCAUUCGGGCCUCAGUGGUAACUGCUGGUGCUUUGUAAAGAAUGUUGGUAUUUUAUUUAGUGUAAACAUUUUAAUUUCAUCUCUCUCGUUUAUGGCUUUGUGUAAGAGUCACUAUUUACAGUUAUAGUGAACGGUAGCGAUGCUCAUGCCCUCCAAUAAUUGUGCAAUGUAUGUGUGGCUACUUUAUAUUUUCUAAUAAGACAACUUGCCUAGCUCCUAUAACAGUCUUUUUUCAUUAUCUGGUACAAACAGAAGAAAAGCAAAGCCAUCUAUGUCAGCUCCGAGAGCCCAUCAAAAGCUCAUGACGUUGUUUCCACUACAUUAUUUUUGUCUUUUCAGUAACGUGAUCAGAGAUAUAUAAACAGUAUCAACUGUUGUCUUUUUUAUGAUUAUUAUAUUUGUAUGCCAUGACCCACAUUUGGUUGGACAGUUUAAACGUUUAUUUCCCUUGAAUGGAGGAACAAAUGCUGCGUUUUGAAUUCCCCCGAUUCAUUCUUGUAUGACUGAUGCUGGCCAUGCUUCUACAUUGUGACUAUAUCAACAUCCACCACAAAGUGCUUUUCCCAGUUUUCCUUCAUGCGACAAAUCAUAAAAAGAGUUGCCAAAUGCAUGAAUGCCUUGAACUUUGAUGUUUUGGGACAAAGCAGCGGCUCUACAUUCUAACAUGCAUGACAUUGAAACAAAUCAACUUUAAAGCAACUUCUCAACCUCUCUACAGCUUCAUAUUAAAAUACAUUCCAUUUAUAUGAGUGGCAUCCCUUUAUGCCAGAGACAGUGUAGAUCUAUAGUGAGCCUAAUAUGUGCAUUAGCUGCUAAGCUUCAUUAAGCCAGUUAUCUCUUAUGAAGUCUUGGGGAGAUGAUUUUUAGAGAAAAAAUCUUAAACUGACUAAAGGAAUCUCACUCAUUCAAGUUCAAAAACUGGUCCUGCAGUUCCGCACACACAAUAUGUUGGGGAUUUGAUAGCAUCACUGGUGGCAAUGGCAGCAUGUUUGGCUGUUUGCUGGAAGUUCAGUGCUUCGCUGGACUUGAACGGCACAUGUGAGGGAUGAAACUGGAACCUCUUAUU